GUGAACCGAAGCGAAACCCUGCCGCCAAACCCCACACGCCCGUCGGUCUCCUUCAAUUGUAUUAGAAUUUAGCCCGAUCCUCACCUGCAAAAACAGUGAUUUUGCUGCCAAAAAGAACGGAGAACUCUAAAAAGCAGGCAGUACCGGCUGAGCCAUGUCAUCUGAUGCCCAGGCGAGUACAGAGCAGCAAGAACCCAACCCCAAGAUUCAGAUAUACCCCACUUCAGCCGCUGGAGUUUCCCCUUUCUGGAGAGACAAGUACGAGAGAGAAGCUAAGAAGUAUUGGGAUGUCUUCUACAAGAGACACCAGGACAAGUUUUUCAAAGAUCGGCACUACUUGGACAAGGAAUGGGGCCAGUAUUUCUCUGGAGCAGGGAAAAAGAUUAUUUUGGAGGUUGGUUGUGGAGCUGGAAACACUAUAUUUCCAUUGGUUGCUACAUACCCAGAAGUUUUUGUUCAUGCCUGUGAUUUCUCACCACGUGCUGUUAAUUUGGUUAAGCUGAAUAAAGACUUCAAGGAAACACAAAUUAGUCCAUUUGUCUGUGAUUUGACCGUUGAUGACUUGAACCAGCAAAUUCCAUCAUCUUCCGUUGACAUUGUGACCAUGAUAUUUGUGCUAUCUGCAGUGUCUCCAGAGAAGAUGCAUCUAGUAUUGCAGAAUAUAAGAAGGGUUCUCAAGCCAAAGGGUCAUGUGCUGUUCCGUGAUUAUGCCACCGGUGAUCUUGCUCAGGAAAGGCUUACUUGCAAGGAUCAAAUGAUUAGCGAGAACUUUUAUGUCAGGGGUGAUGGCACUCGUGCAUUCUAUUUCUCUAAUGAGUUCUUAGCAAGUUUAUUCAAGGACAAUGGAUUUGAUGUGAAGGAAAUUGGUCUGUGCUGCAAACAAGUUGAGAAUCGAUCUAGAGAGUUGGUAAUGAAUCGACGAUGGAUCCAAGCUGUAUUUUGCCCCUCAGAUUCUGAGGACCUUUCUAGCAGCAAUUGUGUUAGUAUUGAAGUUGACUUGCCAAGUCAAGAAAAUACUGAAUCCAACAGAUCAUCAAAGGCUUCAAAGGACCCUGUCAAGAAUAUUGAGAUUGAUAUUUCUGAGGGUGUUGCAGCUGAUAUGUUUGGUAUUUCAUCUUCUGUUGAUAACGAGAUAAUUCAGGUCAGUCUUAACGAGGAAAAAUUUAGCAUUAGAGUAUUGUCCAAAGAGUAUCAACACACAUGCAAGUCAACUGGGUUGAUGCUUUGGGAAUCGGCUCAACUUAUGGCCUCUGUUCUAGCCCGAAAUCCAAACAUUGUUUCAGGAAAAAAGGUUUUGGAGUUGGGCUGUGGUUGUGGAGGCAUCUGCUCAAUGGUGGCUGUUAGAUCUGCUGACCUCGUGGUAGCAACUGAUGGAGAUAAAAGGGCCCUUGACCUGUUGAUGCAAAACGUUGCUUUAAAUAUAGCUCCACCUUUCCGCGAUAAAUUGAUCGUUAAGAGCCUAGAAUGGGGAGAUAGGGGCCAUAUAGAAGCAAUCAAAGAAGUGAACGACGAAGGUUUCAACAUCAUCAUUGGCACCGACGUGACAUACAUUCCUGAAGCAAUUUUGCCUCUUUUUGCCACUGCAAGAAAACUGAUCUCACCCAACAGAGGCGAUGAAGAGGACCAGGCAUCGGCACUUAUUCUCUGCCACGUUGUGCGCCAAGUUGAUGAACCAUCUAUGCUCUCUGCUGCUUCCCGGUAUGGUUUUCGACUUGUAGAGAGGUGGCCAGCGGGAAUUUCUGGUGAUUCAUCUCGGGGAGUUGUCGGCUCUUGGUUUGCUGAAAGUGGUAUUGACAAGUAUAGUUUUAGCGCGGCAUUAAGCAUCAUGUAUUUUCAGAUCGAGUGACGAUGAUCUUCAGUGUUCAUAUUCUGUUCUUUUUGGGUCUCGAGCAGACAUUCGUUAAAGCUGGUCCCGGGUUUGUGCCA